UUUUUUUUUUUAUCUCGUUUCUUUUCCGUAGAUAAUUGAUGCGUGUGGUCCUACACCUCAAUACCAUAGUUCGGCGUUUAUAUUCAACUUGUACAUUAUCCUCCUCCACUUUACGAAAAUUUAGUACACAAUCACACUACAACAUGAAAACAGAUGUGUUACAAGUAGAUCCUUCUCAUUUUACAUUCAAGGAGUCUUCAUGUGAAUUUGGAGAACAGAAUGCGAUCUCAAUUAUCAAUAACACCAGCGAUCAAUUAGCCAUCAAACAAGCAGUCAAAUGGUUAGCACAAGGUGAAGCAAUUGGUAUACCAACAGAAACUGUAUAUGGACUUGCAGCUAAUGCAUUGGAUGCUUCAGCUGUGAGCAAGAUCUUUGCGGCCAAGAAUAGACCUCAAGACAAUCCACUUAUUGUACAUGUAUCGUCCUUGAAAAUGUUGGAAAGUAUUUUACCACAUAACAAGAUUCCUGAUAUUUAUAUGCCCAUUAUCAAGCGAUGUUGGCCUGGACCAUUGACGAUUAUCCUUCCAAGUUCUCCUUUGAUUCCUUCAACAGUGACAUGUGGUCAACCUACGGUAGCAGUAAGAUUCCCAUCUCAUCCUGUAGCUCGUGCUUUGAUUGAAUCUUGUGGAUUUCCAUUGGCAGCACCUUCAGCAAACUCAUCUGGUAAACCUUCACCAACAUUAGCAAGUCAUGUAUUUGAUGAUCUCAAUACGAAGAUUCCUUUGAUAUUGGAUGGUGGACCUUGUAAUGUAGGUGUUGAAAGUACAGUAUUGGAUGGAUUACGACAACCUCCUGCUAUUUUACGACCUGGUGGUGUGACAUACGAAGUUUUGAAACAAAUGGAAGGUAUGAAUGGACUACAAGUAUAUCGAAAGCAUUUUGUUGAUCAAGCAUUGGAAAUGGCACCAACGACACCUGGAAUGAAAUAUAGACAUUAUUCACCAGAAGCUAUGGUGGUUUUAAUUGAAGAUGAUAAGAUGAUAAUUAACAAUAAUGAUGAUACCCAACAACAACAACAAAGACAAGUAUUUGAAACGAUAUGGCAGGAUGAAUUGAAACAACUCUUGAAAAAUGGCAUCGGUAUUCAAAAAGUGGGUAUUCUGAAAAUAGUAGAAGAUGGUGAUAGUCUAGAGUGGCGACAAACAAGUAAAUUGGAUGAAAUUGAAUAUGUUACAUUACAAAUGGGACGACAAGGACAUCCUGAUGAAGUGGCAAGAGGGAUGUUUAAAGGUUUACGUGAAAUGGAUACUAUUGGUGUGGAUAUUAUCUUUGUUCAAGGUGUACCUGAAAUCGAUGAAGGUAUGGCAGUGAUGAAUAGAUUACGAAAAGCAGCAACCAAGACUAUUUAGAUUAGAUUUUAUAGAUUUUUAUAUAUAUAUUGUAUUUUACCCUUUAGUUUACUCCCAACUCUCUCUCUCUCUCUUUUUU